AUGAAGACGCAGAACAUCAGGACCCUCUCACUCAUCCUCUCCAUGGUUUUCUACCUGCUCAUAGGAGCCGCCGUCUUCGGCGCACUAGAGUCGGAAAGUGAGAGUUCAAGGAAAACGGCGCUGGAGCAGAAACUGACGGAGCUGAAGAUGAAGUACGGCUUCGCGGAGGAUGACUACAGGGAGAUUGAGAGAGUGGUCCUUCAGUCGGAGCCGCACCGCGCAGGCAGACAGUGGAAGUUCGCCGGCUCGUUUUAUUUUGCCAUCACUGUUAUCACCACAAUUGGUUAUGGCCAUGCUGCUCCACGCACUGACGCUGGAAAGGCCUUCUGUAUGUUUUACGCUGUCAUGGGCAUUCCUCUGACACUGGUCAUGUUCCAGAGCCUGGGUGAGAGGAUCAACACUUUCGUCCACUACCUCCUCCGCAGAGCCAAGCAGGGCCUGGGCUUACAGAAGACAGAGGUGUCCAUGGGGAACAUGGUCCUGGUGGGUUUGCUGUCCUGCAUGAGCACACUGUGUAUCGGAGCUUCAGCCUUCUCUCACUUUGAGGGCUGGACCUUCUUCAACGCCAUGGAAGGGGGCACUAGCUGUAUCAACCUCCUCCCCUCUCCUGUAGAGGAGCGCAGGCUUGUUAUAUCUGAGCAGGAAGAGCACCCCAAGCUCCCUGAAACCAGCAGAUUCAAAGCAUUGCUCUCUUGCAUGUGCAGUGACCAGGACAUUGACGAUAGCCCAUCUUCAUCUCACUGUGAACAGGAAGGCGGCCACAGCAACCCUGUCUUUUACAACUCCAUCUCCUACAGGAUAGACCAGGCCUCAAGCAGCUCCUGCACCGUGUCAUCACAGGCAUCACCCAGCAGUGCAACUCUCUGCCUGGGCAAGAACAGUCUUCACACCAGGAGAAAGUCAUUGUAA